AUGGGUAAAACCAGACGCCAGGGCACCCCGGGACCCUCGGGCAACAGCCCAUUAAGAAAAAAUGCCAGUCUGAUGGACGACUUUCUCUCCACCCCAGAUAGCUUCCGAGCCACGAGGCCCGCAGACAAGAUGGCGGCCGCCUCCCCGGGAGUGGAGAGCGGUGGGGACUCAGAGCCCAGCUCAGCUAAAGGAGAGGCCCUAACGCAAAUAACAACAGAACUGGCAGCCAUCUCGGCCAACAUGUUCACCAAACGUGAUAAAGCCGCCAUGGUCGCGGAGCUGAGGGCGGCGAUACGAAAAGAGAUCUUAGAGGUUCUCAGGGACCUCACGGCCCUUGAACAACGGGUCUCAGAGCUUGAAAGUGAAAACCUACAAGCCAUCCAGCAUUCCCAGGCUGCCGACCAUGCCACGGCCAGGCAAGGCUCAUUGCUUCUGGACCUCCGCAGACAGGUGGAGGAUCUGGACAACCGGGGGAGACGUAACAACAUCAGAAGUCGAUAAUGAAGACCUUUUCGAAGCCCUUACACAGCUCUUCACACGCAUCUUGGGCGAGGAGGCCCCAGAUGACUUCCACAUAGAACGAGUCCACAGGGCCCUGCGUCCCCCAAGGAGAGACGGCCUUCCUUGAGACGUGAUAUGUUGCCUACUUUCUUUCCAGCUUAAAGAAUCACCUUCCGCGAUGCCUCGGUAUCACUGUAUCAAGAUCUGUCCUCCUUUACUCUGGAUGCCCAGAGGGCACUGUGGCUGCUAACAUGCAUCUUCCAGGAGAAACGCAUACCCUAUGAGUGGAGUUUCCCCUUUUGCCUCCAAGCCAAAAAGGAUAACACGCGAUGGCCCAAUGAAGUACCCAGCUUCCUGAGAGCAAUGGACCUGCCACCAGUCACUGUCCGCAACUGGAUCCUGGACCAACCUCCGCCGCGCCCAAAUCAUCCUGAGGUCUCCGAAAGCCUGCGCAACCAAGCUCGGAGAGCAGCGCAACCCACAUGCUGGGGAGGCACUGAUGGACCCGAGGAGUAA